AUGCAGGUGACGAUCGUGAACGCCAAGGGCAAGGACUACGGCAGCCUCGACGUGGCCGAGACCGACUCGCUCUUGACGCUCAAGACCAAGUUCCAGAAGAGCUCGCGCCUCAGCAUCCACCGCCAAGGCUUCAAGCUCAAGGUCGGCGAGACGCUCAAGAACUUGAACGGGGACGCGCAGACGCUGGCGUCGCUCGGCGUCAAGGACGGCGCGACCUUGAUCUUCAAGGACCUCGGGCCGCAGAUUGGGUACCGCACGGUCUUCCUCCUCGAGUACCUCGGCCCGAUGCUGUUUGUGUUCUUUUACGCGACGCGCCCGGCGUUCCUGUACGGCGCCGACGCGGCGGCCAAGCCGUUCGCCAAGACGGCGUACCUCGGCAUCGUGUGCUGGACGCUCCACUUUCUCAAGCGCGAGCUCGAGACGCUCUUCGUGCACCGCUUCUCGCGCCCGACGAUGCCGCUCUUCAACCUCUUCAAGAACUGCAUGUACUACUGGAGCUUUGGCGCCGUCAUUGGCUACCCGCUGUGCCACCCCGACUACGUGGGCCCAAGCUCCGAGUCGCAGAUCACGCUCGGUCUUGCGAUCUUCGCCGUGUCGGAGUUUCUCAACUUUUGCGUCCACGUGCAGCUGCGCACGAUGCGCGCCAAGGAAGGCUCGAGCGAGCGCCCGAUCCCCAAGGGCCCGCUCUUCCUCCUCGUCUCGUGCCCCAACUACACGUUCGAGGUGCUCGGUUGGGUCGGCUUUUCCAUCUUCACGCAAAUCUUCUUUGGCUACCUUUUUACGCUCGUCGGCUUCCUCCAGAUGACGCAGUGGGCGCUCCAGAAGCACGCUGGCUACUACAAGACGUACGGCGACGAGUACAAGCGCCUCCGCCGAAAGGCCAUCGUGCCCUUUGUGCUGUAA